AUGCAAUCACUACCAAUCGAAUGUUCUUUUUGUAAUUGGAUUGGUUUUCUUAAAGAUUAUCAAGAACAUCUCGAUCAACAUCAUCCAAAUCCAAUAUGCGAAAAUUGUAAUCAACAAUAUGCCUCAGUUGAAAAAUUGAAAGAACAUAAAAUAUCGACAUGUGAAAACAUCUUUGGAAACUGUCUCUUAAAAGAUUUUGGUUGUCAUGAACAAAUUCAUCGUCAUAAUAUAUUGAUCCAUUAUUCAAGUGAAAAACAUCAAAAUACAUUAAUGAAUGUUCUUUAUCGAAUGAAAUUUCAAAUGGAAAACGAGAGAAACUUAUUGACUCAAAUGAACAAUGAUUCACUGCGGUCAACAUCAGUAGUACCUGUUGAUAUCAAUACAGUUCUUUUUCACGAGUUAUGUGAAAUACUCGAAAUGUCACCGAAUAAAUUAAAUAUAUCGAGCAUUAAUCGACAAGAGCAGCUUAAUAAUGCAUUACUUCAAUGUCAAAUAAAAUGUCCAACAUUGACACUUAAUUUUUUAGAAUCAAAAAUAUCGUUACAAGAAAUCAAUGAAAGUUUGCAUGAAGAAACAGCCAAUAAUAUUAGUGUUCACAACGAUUUAACAGAAUUGAAGAAAACAGCUGAAAACUCGCAAUAUGUGUCAUAUGAUGGAACAUUUAUUUGGAAAAUUACAAAUGUUCAAGAAAAAAUGAGUAAAUAG